AUGGUAUUUGAUGGAGAUUUUGCCUUCUGUUGUCGAGCGCCAUCUGCCGGGGCGAAAUUCCUCAGUCAAGAUCAAAUCAGCGAGUAUAAAGAGUGUUUUUCGCUGUAUGAUCAGAAGCGCAAUGGUAAACUGAAGGUGCAGGAUCUGCUAACGGUCAUGAGGUCUCUGGGUUGCUGUCCGACCCUGCUGGAGCUCCGCAGACACUUGCUGACCCAUAGAAUUGAUAAGCGCGGAGAGUUAGAUUUCUCCACGUUUCUUAGCAUCAUGCAUGAGCAGAUCCAGCAGGAGAACCCGCGGGCCGAGAUCCUGCAGGCCGUGAGGCUGACGGACACAGAGAAACAAGGAUUUAUCACUGCGGCAGAGCUCAGAGCCAGACUCACGCUCUUUGGAGAAAAACUCAAAGAUCAAGAAGUUGACGAGCUGCUGAGUGAAUCCGGUGUGGCAAAUGACGGACAAAUUAAAUACGAGGACUGCGAAAGGAUAGUGACACUUCUGACCAGGUGAUGCUGAACAAACCUCAAUAAAUCAGUAGCAGAAUGUCCCUCCAGCUGAAAAACACAGAUAUUACGGCCUCUAAAUCUUCCUAAAACAGCAGAAAAUGAAAUAACUACACGACCCACCAUAUUUAACUGAUAAACCACCUGCCAGACGGCUUCAAUCAUUAACCAA